UGGUCUAGUCUAGAAAAUUAUCAUGUCAGUAAUGUUAUUGUAGUUGAUGCUUUAUUCACGUGCAUUUAAAAUCUGCUCAUAAUCUAGAAUCACAACGUUGUUUAGGUAGAACAAACAUUUUUGUUGCUACUAGUUUCAAAUCAAGAAUGUUUUUUAUCUAACUAACGAUGUCAUUGUGUUUAGAUGCCGAAGACUUUAUAAGAGCUUACAUUGGAAGCUCUGAAGAGAUGAACGUGUCCCAGGAACUUCGAGACCAGUCUUCGGUCUUUUUUCAGUCACUCAAUUCCUCCUCAUCCGUCUAUCAUGGCGUGUUCGGCCACUGGUGUGGAUACUCAGCCAUCACCUCUGAGAUUCAUUUCGUAGUCGGGUCCUUCUUACUUCUUAUAGGAGUAGCAGGGAUAGCUGGAAACGGUCUGGUCAUUCUAGUUCUGACUAGGUAUCGUCGGCUACGAACGCCAGCUAAUAGAUUGCUAGGCAACCUUGCCGUUAGUGAUUUAUUGAUGUCUUGUCUUCAUCCCAUGGCGAGCUUUUCCUCAUUUCGACAUAGCUGGCAGUUUGGUAAGUUAGGUUGCGAGUUUUAUGGGAGUAUGUGUGGACUAUUCGGAUUAAUAUCCAUCACUACACUUUCUGCUAUCGCUCUGGAGCGUUGCCUGGUGAUAGCGAUAAAACCCUGGUACUCUGGCCUCCACAUUAAUAACAGUAAACUUUGUAAAAUAGUUGCGUUUAUUUGGUUGUACUCAAGUGUGUGCGUGGCACCUCCGCUUUUUGGGUGGGGAAGCUAUAUACCGGAGGGUUUUUUAACUAGCUGCUCAUUCGAUUAUUUAACACGCACCCCAGUUAAUCGAGCUUACUUCGUUUUCUUGUACAUCCUUGGAUUUUUUUUACCCCUUCUUGUAAUUCUUACAAGCUAUUUUAUUAUCUGGAAAGCCGUUUUUCAUCACGAACAAGAGAUGUCCCAGAUACAUGUUAACAGGGCAACAUCGAGAUAUAUAACAAGAAGAAGAAGCGACUGUAAGUCUGCUGAGAUGAUACUCUGCAUAAUAGGAUUAUUCUUGUUGUCAUGGACACCGUAUGCUAUUGUAGCGACGAUUGGUCAGUUUUGGGAUACUAAUGUCGUCACUCCUUGGGUCUCUGCUAUACCUUCUUUCUUUGCCAAAAUGUCUACUGUUUAUAAUCCAAUAAUUUAUGGAUUUUCUCAUCGUGAAUUCUGCGCCUGCACUCGUCAUUUAUUCACCAGAACUCAAACGCCCGCUUUGAGGGAGAAAAUUUACUCUAGAUAUUCACAGAACACACCCAGGCAUGAAAAACAAACGCGUUUGUCAAGGGCAAGUGGUGUUGAAAAACUAAAUAAUGAUGUCAAACAACAACCAGAACUCAAAAACAAAUUCAGAAAAUGUUAUAUUGUCAUGUCUUUCCUUCAAGAAGGCAGAUCCAUGAAAACAGUGUCACUGAACCAGAAGUAGUACGUUCCAAAAGAAAAAAAAAUGAAUAUACAUUGGAUUUAUCUCUCCCUAAUUAUCAUUGUGCGAAAUAAUUUGACCACGAGAAUUAAUUUUGUUGCAAUGGCCACCGUCGUUGUACAGGU